CCGCAUUCGUUCAGUCAGGCUGCUCAUUGACUUCACCAGGACACCGUGCUAGAACAAGGCCUCUAACGGCGCAACCAUGGACGCGUGGGGCGUUCAGUUCGGGAACCUUUCCAAAGUCAGCCCCUUCGAGGGCCCACAGUACCACCUAGCCCCCAAGUGGGCUUUCUACCUGCAGGCAGCUUUCAUGGGCUUCGUGUUUUUCGUGGGCACCCCUCUGAACGCCGUCGUCCUCUUCGUUACAAUGAAGUACAAGAAGCUUCGACAGCCUCUCAACUACAUCCUGGUGAACAUCUCCCUAGCAGGCUUCAUUUUCGACACAUUCUCUGUAAGCCAAGUAUUCGUCUGCGCUCUUAGAGGUUAUUACUUCCUCGGUUAUACGUUAUGCGCGUUGGAAGCAGCAAUGGGAGCUAUUGCGGGUCUUGUGACGGGAUGGUCCCUUGCUGUUCUGGCUUUCGAGAGAUACGUGGUCAUCUGCAAACCCUUCGGAGGCUUCAAGUUCGGACAAAGCCAGGCCGUCGGUGCCGUGGUGUUCACCUGGGUCAUUGGCACCGCCUGUGCCACUCCUCCAUUCUGGGGAUGGAGCAGAUACAUUCCCGAGGGUCUCGGCACCGCCUGCGGACCUGACUGGUACACAAAAAGCGAAGAGUUCAAUUCAGAGAGCUACACUUACUUCCUCAUCAUCACCUGCUUCAUCAUGCCAAUGACCAUCAUCAUCUUCUCUUACUCACAGCUCCUGGGAGCCCUGCGUGCUGUUGCAGCCCAGCAAGCUGAGUCAGCCUCUACCCAGAAGGCCGAGAAGGAAGUGUCCAGGAUGGUUAUUGUAAUGGUUGGCUCUUUUGUGCUUUGCUAUGCCCCCUAUGCCGCAACUGCUAUGUGGUUUGCCAAUGCUGAUGAAUCAAACAAAGAUUACCGUCUGGUAGCCAUCCCAGCUUUCUUCUCAAAGAGCUCCUGCGUAUACAAUCCUCUAAUCUACGCCUUCAUGAACAAACAGUUCAAUGCCUGCAUCAUGGAGACGGUAUUUGGCAAGAAGAUUGAUGAGGCCUCAGAGGUUUCCAGCAAGACCGAAACCUCUUCUGUGGCUGCAUAAAUUAUUCCAUACCCCAUUUAAAAUUUCUCAGGACCUGUUUUCCUGUUAUACUCCCCCCGAUUGUUCAAAUCCCGUACCUUUACACAUUGUCAAGGGCCAAGGGAGCCCCUUUGUCCCGAAGACGCAGCCCACUGGAUGGCCAAACCGUGGGCGAUGUCCAACUAUCCUUUCUAUCAGAACUGGUACAUCUUCAACUACGUCUUUUCUUUAUUUUUUUUGUAAUGAAAAACAUUGCUAUUUCAUGUUAAAACAAUGCAUUAUGCAUUGAUGAUGAAGUAGAAUAUUUAAUUUAUCAACUUGCAAAAGAAAAUCUAAAAAAAAAAUGAUAAUAAUUGAGACAUCCUCUUGUGUGAAUGGACUCAGGCAAACUGAAAAUGGAAAUUCCUGAUUUUGUCUUUAAAAUGCUCUUUGACUGACCCAUUAGGCACGAUGCACUAUAAUGGCGUUUUUUAUUCAAUCACAAUGAGAGCUGAAGGAAACUAAGCAUUGAGAAUAUUCUAACACCCCAUACCAAUCAAAAGUGCUUGUUUCGACAAAAGAGCAGAAUUUAACUAAGCGGUUUACUCUCCUCUCCUCUAAAGAACCUACUCAGAACCAGCUUUCUGGCUGGCUUAGCCAAGAUAAAUAAGAUCACAAGGAAUUAUCCAAGUCCAUCCGCUUGUUUGCAGCUGAGGAACCUUUCAUUGGAAGUUUGCUGGUAACAAAUAAUGAGCGACAGCUCUUGUCCAAUCACUGGCUUCAUGACGUCGGAUCUGUAAUAUCUGUAUCUAUAUUACCUCUGUACAUGUUCUGUUGUAAUUAGACAUGCGGUGUGCAUGCAUUUGUACAUGUUCACUGUUUUUUAGAAUUAAUAAAGAUUUAUAUUGUUUGAUGCA